AGCCUUACUACCUCUUGCUUCAUCUCGUCUUCCGUGAUCCAGUUCAUUGACGAAUUUUGUCGGCGGGCUUUUUUAACGUGACAGAAAUGCACAUCUGAAAACUAUUUUCAUUUAAAAAUAACAAUUUUACGAUACACUCGUAGCCCACACAGCUGAUUAACCAGAUCCAGACUCGCUGUUUUUAACUAGACGACCCCUAACGCCUGGCCAGGCAGAAAGGCCACAAUGAAACUCACAGACAAUGUGCUGCGGAGUUUUAGGGUUGCGAAGGUUUUCCGAGAGAAUUCAGACAAAAUCAACUGUUUUGACUUCAGUUCAAACGGUGAAACAGUAAUAUCGAGUAGCGAUGAUGACUCUAUUGUCCUAUACGACUGCCAGGAGGGAAAACCCAAACGAACGCUUUACAGUAAGAAGUAUGGUGUGGACCUCAUCAGAUACACCCAUGCCGCCAAUACUGUCGUCUACAGCUCUAACAAGAUUGAUGAUACUAUACGAUACCUGUCUCUACAUGACAAUAAGUACAUUCGCUACUUUCCUGGACACAGUAAGAGGGUUGUCGCUCUGUCUAUGUCUCCUGUUGAUGACACAUUCAUUUCUGGCUCGCUUGAUAAAACUAUUCGCCUGUGGGACCUUCGCUCACCUAACUGUCAGGGCCUCAUGCACCUCCAAGGGAAACCUGUGUGUUCUUUCGAUCCUGAGGGGUUGAUUUUUGCUGCGGGAGUGAACUCGGAGAUGGUCAAACUUUACGAUCUACGGUCCUUUGAUAAGGGCCCAUUCGCCACAUUUAAACUACAAUAUGAGCGAACAUGCGAGUGGACUGGUCUCAAGUUCAGCAAUGAUGGAAAGCUCAUUCUGGUCUCCACCAAUGGAGGAACGCUCAGAGUGCUGGAUGCUUUCAAAGGAGUUGUGCUCCACUCGUUUGGGGGCUAUAACAACAGUAAAGGUGUCAUUCUAGAGGCUUCUUUCACACCAGAUUCUCAGUUUGUCAUGAUUGGAUCCGAGGAUGGGAAGAUCCAUGUGUGGAAUGCUGAGAGCGGGAUGAAAGUAGCACUUCUUGAUGGGAAGCACACUGGUCCGGUCACCUGUCUGCAGUUUAACCCCAAAUUCAUGACCUUUGCCAGUGCCUGCUCUAACAUGGCGUUCUGGUUACCCACGAUUGAUGACUGAUGGGCAGCGGUCAGUGUCGUGUUCUUCCAGCAGGUGGCAGCAUUCACUCUUCUCUUGGCACACAUGGGUUUGCUCACCCUAGGACUUUUGAACUGUAAAUAGAUUGGCCUUGAUGCCAAGUUGUAUUUCCUUGUUGUUUAUUUUAUAUCUGUAUUAAAACCUUUUUUGUAAAACAUUGUAAAGUAAUUUGUUAACAUUUUUGUUUGAGGUUGCAAUAGUCCUCGAUAAAAUUGACUUGUGUGAGAGGUGAUCUUAGCUAAUCAAAAUAAAACAGAACUCUGCAUAUGUAGAUUUAGUAUCUUGUGCAGUCUGAAGAAAUGGCAAUGAAACUUGUUUUUUUAAAUAAACGUGUUUAUACAAAUGUCCAAAGAUAUGAUUUUGAAGCGUUUCCAACAUUAAAUAAUCAUAGCUUGAUGAUUGUACCUGUCUGUGAGUGAAAAUUGCUUGUAUGCAAUUCUUUUACAUUCUUUUCUUUUAUACCAGCAUUCUUGUGAAUUGCUUAUAAAACAGAAAUCAGAUAACCAAUAUCCAGUGAUCAACCUACUCUCAAGUUUGAUUUUAUUUAAUUAAAGUUACUUUGCACUUAUCGAG